GGGAGCCGGCGAAAACGGACUAAAUCUCUAAUGCAGUCAUUCCCUCUACGCUGGUAGGACUCCACCACCUCUCCUAGAACUCGGUCCGAGGGAUGUGGCUCUGCCGGCCCAGCCACCACUGAAUCGCCCAGGCGUCCGGAAGACCCGACCUGAGCACAGACCAUGAGUCCUCUGAGGCCGCUGCUGCUGCUGCUGGGUGGCUGCCUCCUCGUGGCCGCCCGGAGAGCCAAGGGAGCGGCUGGCAGCGCGGCAGAGCUGGCCUCGGGUCCCACCCGUGGCUCUUCCGGCCGCUUCUUCAGCCCCGAGCGGCACGCGUGCAGCUGGCAGCUCCUGCCGCGCGCCCCAGGGCCCGCGGCGGGGAGCGAGCUGGCGCUGAGCUGCCGGGACCCGGCCGGGGCGCUCCAGCAGUGCGCCUACCGCGGGGAGCCCGAGCGCUGCGCCGCCUACGCCGCCCGCGGCCCCCACUACUGGAAGCAGGUGCUGGGCGGGCUGCGCAAGAAGAGGCGGCCGUGCCAGGACCCCGCUCCGCUCAAGGCUCGCCUGUGCGCAGGCAAGAAGGGCCACGGUGCCGAGCUGCGCCUGGUGCCCCACGGGUCCUCACCUGUGCGCCCCACUGCGGCAGUCUUCCCCCGGGAUCCCGAGCCCCCCGCAAGGAGCCGGGGGCGGCCCCGGGAGCCCGCUCCCGGUCCCGCAGGAGGGUCCCUACUUCCCGCGAGCAAGUCUCCCAGAGGGAAGCCCUCUGAGAAGACCAAAGCGGGCAAGAGGAAGGCGACCUCGGACCCAGAAGAGGAGCGACCCCUGGGGACGCGACCUGAUCCGGACGGGCUGGGAGAGAACGCGAAGCUCACGGAGACCUACUGUGCUGAGAAGUGGCACUCCCUUUGCAACUUCUUUGUCAAUUUCUGGAAUGGCUGAGGCUGCCAGCCUGGGGAAGAACGUGGGUCGGGGAAGGUACGCAGCCGGGCAGGAGACUUGAAGGGCAUUUUAGGCCAAGAGAUAAGGGAUGGAGCGUUGGGAAGAAUCCAGGUUCUAGAAUGGGGCUGGGAGCUGGGGGGUGGGGGCUGGGAGGCGGGGGGUGGGAGGGCAUGGGCCUUGGGAUGGGAGUGUAAGGGGUGUGGAGAAUCUCUGAGAUAGCAAAGACAUUUAACUUUUUGAAAAGUCCGAUCCUGAUGAAGAGCAGAAGAAAUGGUGGAAACAGAAGUAGGCAUACCUUAAAUAUACAAAAACUGUAGACUGGGAGAGAGGCGAGUACAGAGGAAGGCUGG